UACUUUUAGGUAUUUAGUAGCAUUUUUCUUAGAUUUUAUGGUAUUAUAUGGUAUUUUCGGCUUGGUCACACUUUAAGUCUUAAUGAAUCGAAUGCUUAAUGCUUAAGACUUGCUUAAUUUUAAAACAAAUAAAUAGAAAACAUGAGCAAUAAGCAAAAAUAUAGAGCUGAGUGGGAGACUAUGCCGGAAAAUGAAAAAUGGCUGGGCAAAUAAUAUUGAUGCGCACUGCAAAGCGUGCCAGACUGACAUUUUGAGUAGGCUGGCGUCACUUAAGCAGCACGCGGCUACACAAAAACAAAGAUAAUAUGAAAUACUUCUGUGGAAAAUCAAAGAUUCAAUCGUUUUUUAAAGAGUCGGACAACACUCUAGCUACCUCUAUCAAAAAGGCAGAAAUUUUGUUUGCUGCAGCGAUUGCUGAACAUAAGAUAUCUAUGAGAGCAAUGGACCAUAUUAGCGAUGUGGUCAAGCAUGCGUUUCCCGAUAGUGCCAUUGCGCAAGGGUUUUGCUGCAAACGCACCAAAACAGCUUCGCUUACGUACAAUGGACUGGCACCUGUGAUGAAGGAGCAACUGAUCUCUAGCAUGAAACGGUGCGUUUCUGCAGCGGGAAGGCCUGUGUUCUCCAUAAUCAUUGAUGAAUCGACUGAUGUUUCGUGUACAAAGGUCUUGGCGUGUGUUUACCCUUAUUUUUUUUAUAUAUAAUAAGUCUGGUAUUAUUUUUACAUAUUAUAAUUUGAAUUUCCAGACGA